CUCGUAACCAAUUUUAUAAUCCAAGUCUGGAACCAAUGUGCAUUAAACAAAGCAGGUGCUUUGCUGCCACUCUUUUCCCUCUCACAUAAAAACAAAUAUUUUCUUUUUCAAUCAAAACCUUCAUCAUUUUUUUCCUCUUUUCAUUGUCAAUUAAAAGAAAAAAUAUUUUGGCUUGGUAAAGCAACUGAAAAGGUAAUAUGAAGCUGGUAGAGGCGGUGGUAGAUGCUGACAAAGUCUCACUGCAAGCCCAUGAAUAGAGAAGGAUUAUAUAACCUCCACCUUCUCUGUUUGAGCAGCUCCUUUCUAUCCUCGAAGAUACCAAAGUGACUCAAAAAUCACGGUUGAAAGUAAGAAAGUGAAACCCAAUGGUUUCAGCUUUCUCCAAAAGACGCAAUUCGUGGAUUGCAUAGAAGUCAAAAAAAGGAGACGAAGAUGAUCAACAUUUUGGAGUAACAAAGAAGUUUUUAUUUGUAUUCAAACGGAGGAGAACAAUAAUUCCACACUCAAAUAUCCUCUUUGCAGCGUUUCUUGCAGCAGUACAAACCGGUAUUGCCAACUUCUUAUUGAUUGAACUCUGAUUCCUCUUGUACUAAACCUCACUGCUUCUAAUCCAGCUAAAUAGGCUGAGGAAGAGAAACAGGGAACUCGUGGAAUCGGCUUGCUAUAAACCAACGUUUACUCAAGCAAGUUCAGCAUCAGAGGAGACUCUGUGACAAGGCCCCAGAAGAGGGUCAUUCAUCCUUGCAACAAUGAGUUCGAAAGCUGCUCCAAACCAACAAGAGGACUACAAGCUGAAGGACACAAAACCCCAGCUAGGGGAAAGAUGGCCGCACGGAGGAUUACGCGGUGGAGGAGGAUGGAUUACCAGUGAAAGAGCCACAAGCACCUAUGAUCUUGUCGAACAAAUGUACUAUUUAUAUGUCCGAGUAGUGAAAGCCAGAGACCUUCCGACAAACCCUGUGACAGGGAGUUGUGACCCUUAUGUGGAAGUGAAGUUGGGUAAUUUCAAAGGCAUAACACAACGCUUUGAGAAGAAAACCAACCCUGAAUGGAACCACGUCUUUGCAUUCUCUAAAGAUAGGAUUCAGUCUUCAGUUCUUGAAGUUUUUGUCAGAGAUAGAGAGAUAGUGGCAAGAGACGAUUAUGUCGGGAGAGUGAUCUUUGACAUGAAUGAAGUUCCCACUAGAGUUCCGCCUGAUAGUCCUUUGGCACCUCAGUGGUAUAGAUUAGAGGACAGGCAAGGGAAGGCCAAGGUUAGAGGAGAGGUUAUGCUUGCAGUUUGGAUGGGAACACAAGCUGAUGAAGCUUUCCCAGAAUCCUGGCACUCGGAUGCUGCUUCAGUUGAAGGAGAGGGAGUCUUCAGUAUCAGAUCCAAGGUAUAUGUUUCACCAAAACUUUGGUACCUCAGAGUCAAUGUCAUUGAAGCUCAAGAUGUUGAACCACAUGACAAAAGCCAACCACCACAAGUCUUUGUCAAAGCUCAAGUUGGAAAUCAGAUACUUAAAACAAAAUUAUGCCCAACUCGAACCGCCAAUCCUUUCUGGAAUGAAGACUUGAUCUUUGUAGCAGCUGAACCUUUUGAAGAAGAGCUGGUGCUCACAGUGGAAAACAAAGUGACUCCUGCAAAGGAUGAAAGGGUGGGAGAAAUAAGAUUGUCCCUGAACAUCUUUGAGAGGCGCUUGGAUCACAGACCAGUCCAUUCUCGCUGGUUCAACCUUGAGAAAUUUGGUUUUGGUGUUAUGGAGGCAGACAAGAGGCACGAGCUCAAGUUCUCGAGCAGGCUUCAUCUGAGAGUCUGCCUUGAGGGUGCUUACCAUGUAUUAGAUGAGUCAACAAUGUACAUAAGCGACGUAAGGCCAACUGCUAGGCAGCUAUGGAAGCAACCUAUUGGAAUUCUUGAAGUUGGUAUCAUAAGUGCUCAAGGGCUUCUUCCAAUGAAGACAAAGGAUGGAAGAGGCACCACAGAUGCUUAUUGCGUGGCAAAGUAUGGACUGAAAUGGGUUCGAACCAGAACAAUCAUGGAAAGCUUUAAUCCAAAAUGGAAUGAGCAAUAUACAUGGGAAGUGUAUGAUCCUUGCACGGUGAUCACUUUGGGAGUUUUCGACAACUGCCACCUAGGCAGAAACGAGAAACCAGCAUCUGGCGGGGGAGGUAAAAACGACUCCAGAAUUGGGAAGGUAAGAAUCCGGCUGUCAACCUUGGAAAUGGAUCGGAUUUACACAAAUUCUUAUCCACUUCUUGUUCUUCAACCAUCUGGUUUGAAAAAGAUGGGAGAACUCCAAUUAGCAGUUCGAUUUACGUGUCUUUCUCUAGCAAACAUAAUUUACCUCUAUGGCCACCCUUUACUGCCAAAAAUGCAUUAUCUUCAUCCAUUCACUGUAAACCAGCUAGACAGUUUGAGGUAUCAGGCAAUGAACAUUGUAGCAGUUCGACUUGGCCGUGCUGAGCCACCUCUGAGGAAAGAGGUUGUGGAGUAUAUGUUAGAUGUUGAUUCCCACAUGUGGAGCAUGAGAAGGAGCAAAGCCAACUUCUUUCGAAUCGUAUCAUUGUUUUCUGGUGUAAUCUCCAUGAGCAGGUGGUUGGGAGAGGUUUGUCACUGGAAGAACCCGGUCACUACCAUCCUAGUUCAUGUUCUGUUUUUCAUACUAAUCUGCUAUCCAGAAUUGAUCCUCCCAACCAUCUUUCUGUACAUGUUUCUCAUUGGUAUAUGGAAUUUCCGCUUCCGCCCAAGGCUUCCACCCCACAUGGAUACUAAACUUUCAUGGGCAGAGGCAGUUAAUCCGGAUGAACUUGAUGAAGAGUUUGACACCUUUCCCACCUCUAAGACUCAGGAUGUAGCCCGAAUGAGGUAUGACAGGCUUCGAAGUGUAGCUGGAAGGAUUCAAACGGUGGUCGGAGACAUUGCAACUCAAGGAGAGAGGUUCCACGCUCUGCUAAGUUGGAGAGAUCCAAGAGCAACCAGCCUCUUCGUAAUCUUCUGUCUCAUUGCAGCCGUGGUGCUCUAUGUGACGCCCUUCCAGAUGAUUGCUUUGGUUGCAGGCGUAUUUUGGCUCCGCCAUCCAAGAUUUCGAAGCAAGUUGCCUUCGGUGCCCAGCAACUUCUUCAGAAGACUGCCAUCUCGAGCCGAUAGCAUGCUCUGAUAAUCCCUAUUGGGUAAAAUGAACUAUAUACCAAUUCGUGCAUUCAAAUUCCUUUGGCUUGUCCUAGCGUUUAUUCUCUCAUUUGGCGUGUUGUUUGCGAAUUAAGUUCUGGAAAACUAAGGCACAGUGUUGUAAAAUUUUAUUUACUGAACCUAGACUGAGGACGUUUUCCAGUGA